AUGUCAGAAGCACCAGCUAUGAGAAAGAGGAAUAAGAAGCGCUAUGGCGGCUCUAAAAACAAAAAACGGAGAGGUUUUCGGGAACUCGAAGUGGGUAUGGAGGGCAUCCUGAUCACCUGUAAUAUGAACGAACGGAAGUGCACCUCCGAAGCAUUCAGUCUCCUUAACGAGUACGCGGACAACCUCUACGGUCCAGAAAACUUAGCAGACACGGAGGACAGCAACACUGAGGAUGAGGGCGAGGAUCCAGACGACGCGGAGACGGCGCUGAAGAAGGAGGUGACGAAGAUUCGUUCCUCCACAGAGAAACAGCAGCGGCGCUUUCAAGCGCUGGACAGCGGCGCCGCUAAUGUCGUUUUCAUCCGCACUCAGAACAUCGACCCGGCUGAGCUGGUUCAUCAGAUCCUGGAGGAUUUGUACCAGACGAAGAAGAGGAAAUCUCGUUUGAUCCUGCGUAUGCUGCCCGUGAGUGGGACCUGCAAGGCAUUUCCGGAGGACAUGGAGAAAUAUCUGGGCAGCUUCCUGGAGCCCUGGUUUAAGACGCCCAACCACGCCUCGUACCAGAUUGCCUUCAAAGCCAGGAACAGCAGCCACAAUAAGAGAGAGGACGUUAUCAAAGCGCUGGCUGGGCUGGUGGGGAGGCUGAACCCGGAGAAUAAGGUGGAUUUGACGGAGCCAGAGCUGACUAUAAUCAUUGAAGUCAUUAAGACUGUCUGCUGUGUCAGUGUGGUCAGACACUACACUCUCUUCAGGAAGUACAACCUGCAGGAAGUAGCCAAGACCGAAACCAAUCAAAAACAAGCCCUACAGGAAAUGGCUGAGACAGGGGCCAAUCAAAAACAAGCCCUACAGGAAAUGGCUGAGACAGGGGCCAAUCAAAUCCCACCCGCACAGGCAGAGGUUGCCGAAGCACAGUCUGAGAGUGACGGACAUGAGAAGGGCGGGGCAGUGGUAAAGGAGGGUGUGGCCAAGGGGGCGUGGCAGAGUGAUGUGACUGAAGGCGGAGACUGA